AUGGUUGUCUUCCAGAACAAAAUCAUCUACAUGCCGUCAGUCCCGCCGUUCUCCAGGUCCGAAAAAGUUGGCGAUUAUGAGUUGCAAUGCAAGCCUGUGUCAUGGGUAGAACAUGAUCUCAAGGCGGCAGAUGGCACUGCAAUCAAGAUUUUAGAAGGAUCAAUUGCAACUUCUGCCGAGUCCGAAGUGAAUGGCCAUCUUGUUGUUCUGUAUUUCCAGGGGAACGCCUCGUCAUUACCACCUCGGCUUCCCUACCUUUCAAGCAUCUUGAAAAGCUUGUCGCAACAGCAAAACAGACGAAAGUACACCAUUGUGGCUUUGUCUUAUCGUGGUUUCUGGAAAUCAAAGGGUAGUCCUUCCCAGUCUGGGAUUGAGCUGGAUGCCGAGGCGGCCUUGGAAUGGACCCAAAGUCGGUACAGCCACGAUGGAACUCGAUUUGUGGUAUGGGGGCAGUCCAUUGGUGCAGGGGUUGCAACCGUAAGCCUUGCGAAUCUAUCGAGACACGGCAACGCAAAGCUCCAACGAUUUUCAGGGCUCCUCCUGGAGACCCCGUUUGUGGAUUUGAGGGCCAUCCUUUUGGCUCUUUAUCCACAAAAAUUUCUCCCUUAUCGAUAUCUGGCGCCGUUUCUACGGUCGACAUGGGAUAGCAAGACAGCGCUUCAUCAGAUCGGAAAGAGUAAACCAAAUCUGAGGGUGCUGAUUUUGGAGGCAGGAAACGACGAAAUUGUACCUCCAGGCCAGGCGCCCGCCUUGGAACAGGUCUGCAAAGAAGAAAAUUUGGAGGUGGAUCGAAAGACUGUUGCCGGAGCCUUGCACACAGAGGUCAUGAUCAAGGCCCCCGGCCGCGGCCACAUCGUGAGGUUCCUUCAAUCUUUCUAA